AUGGUGCUCGAGGACCGUGGAGUGCUGUAUGCCAUGAAGCCCGCCGGCUCGACGAAGGCAGAGUACCAAAACCUUGCGGACAACUACAACUGUACUCGGAAGCGCGUAUUCGGAAUCGACACAAAUGUAUUGCUUUCCCCUUCUUGCGUUCGCCCUAAGUAGGUGUGCGAACUGUCUGGUGCGUCUUGUUUUAGUGCGAAGUGUCUAGUGCACGAUUUUACUUCUUGCGACGCCGCCGGGGAACAAGGAGGUGGGACUGCGUCAUUUCAUCUAGGUCAUCAAUUCAAAACGGAAAACUCGAUCAGGUAGGAACCUUCAACAUGAAUACAAACCGGGCCACAUCAAGCGCUUGCAAAGGACUGCACCCACGAGGUAGCGUCAUUUUGAUUUUGGUGUACGCUUUUCUCUGAGAAUGUUGUUUUCCUGCUUUCAUGAAAGAAACUGCUGCCAUCGCCAUUUGGAAUUUUGUGAAGCAUGCACCACAAAAAUCAGGCGAAUACGACAAGGGGACGCAAACCGUAAGGCCAACAGUCAUCGAAGAGGGCAUGACAAGAAAUGGGUGGCCAGCCGCGGUAAGCUUUUCUUCUGUGUUGCGUUAUGAAAUUAUGAACCACCUUACUCUGUAGCAUUUUUGCAUUUGGAUUCUGCUGAUCAUGAAGAACAACGAAAAUUCUUAUCAGGUCCGCGGGGGGCACAUUAUGAACCACAUAGAGCCGAGCGACUCGCAGGUCCGAAAGCACGGCGGGCUGGAUCGCAACAUUGCUGGCGACUACACGGUGCGGGAUCCGACUUCGUUCUACAUCGGAUACGACAGCACGCACUACGGUGGCAACGUUGGCUCACGGAAUCGGCUGCAGUACAACCCAAAAUGAUAACUGCUGGUGCCCGCUAGCGCUGCUCUUCGAAAGAUCGCUUUGGUGACUUGUGACACUACUUCCGCAAAUCAAUGCACAAAACGCUUGACCGUAUUUCAGUAAAUGUACAGGAACUUGAUGCCGUUGAGAGGUGUUGAGAUGUUUACCAACACCUAGUGCGCUCGUUUAUCGCGAUCGUUUUCGUUUUCUAAUGUGCUCAGAAAAACUCGCACUCUCACGGCCAAGUUGCGAAAUUUUGGAUGACGAAAGUAUUACCCUGUUGGCGACAGGACGGACUUGCGGAACUUUGUAUGAUUGUAACAAAUUUGAACUGAAAUUAAAACCUGUAAAAGAGUAGACACCGAU